AUGGCACUUGGGUCAAAUAUCGGCAUCAUGGACGGAGCCUUCUUCGUAGGCAAAUCAGAACUCUUGAGCUGGGUCAACGGCCUUCUCCAACUGAAUAUCACAAGAGUCGAGCAAAUGGCUACAGGUGCCGCCUAUUGUCAAAUCAUGGACGCAGUAUUCCCAGGCUGCAUAAACCUCAACAAAGUAAACUGGAUGGCCAAAUACGACCACGAAUACACCCAGAAUUUCAAGCUCCUCCAAGCAGCUUUUGACAAGAAUAACGUGCAAAAACACAUUGAAGUUGAAAAACUCAUCAAGGCAAAAUCCCUUGACAAUUUAGAAUUCAUGCAGUGGUUCAAGCGUUUUGUUGACUUAAACUACAGAGGAGGGGACUACGCAGCUCUUGAAAGGAGAAGAGGCGCCAAAACCCCUUGGGAUGUAGGUGAAAGAACUGGCCCAGUCCAAGCAGCCCAAUCGAGGCCACAAAAUGCCCAGCCAAGAAACCCUAGACCAGCUGAACCUUCAAGGGCGCCUCAGCCAAAAGCAAAGCCAGUGCGAGAAGCAAGGCCAGACGAAAGCGAAGUGGCUCGACAAGUGGCAGAAUUAAGGCUAACUUCAGAUUCCUUGGAAAAAGAAAGGGACUUUUACUUUGGAAAACUAAGAGCGAUUGAGCUAUUUUGUGAGCACUAUGAAGACCAAGGCAACCCUAUUGUGAUGGAGAUACAGAAAAUUUUGUUCGCGACUGAUGAGGAAAAUGUCGCAGUUAAUGAUGAUGGGACUGUGUCUAUAACGCCUAUCGAGCAAGCGUAA